AUGAAGUAUUAUUUUUAUUUAGCUAGAUUAGAGCAAAUUAUGAGUACAGAAACUGAAUCUAGAAAGGAAAAAGAGUGUGUAUUUAGUGACAUUAGUAAUUGUGGAAAAGGGAGAUAUGGUGAGAGUGGAUUGGUUAAAGUUUCAGAGUUAGACAGUGAUAUAGAGCAACACUUUAAAAAGUUAAAAAUUAGUUGGGACAACAUUAAACUGCAAUAUUGGAAGGAAAAACAUCUCAUAGAAAACAGAUCUAAAAGAGAAUUAUCAGAUGACAAUCAAAUAUGUCAAAAACAUAGAGAAACAUAUGGUAUUCAUUGGAGACCAUCAUUGGUUUGUCAACAUCCUGGUCACAGUAACAAAAGACCUAGAGCUGCAAGGACUGCACCAGCAAACUUGAUUGCAAAACUUGAGGAAGAUGGCAUUCACUUACCAAUUGGCUCAAAACUAUGUGAAUCUCAUUACAAAUACUGUACAUCAUCGUCAAACAAAACAGAAAAUUCUGGAGAGGACACAGAUCACUACGACAUCAGUGAAAAAGAGGAUCCAGAAUAUUCUCCAGAUGUGAUGAUUAUGGCUGAGUCAAUCUGCCCAAUUGAUAAUUCGUAUGUUACGGCAAUGGAUGCCUUACAUGGCAGCCCAUUAAAAUUCCAAGUAAAAAGAAAAUUUGUGUCAACUCUCACUACCAGUACCAAGAAAAAAAUUAAACAAAAAUAUAAAAGAUCUAAGAAACUGUUAAAGCCUAAUUUCGCUGCUGCAGUUGCUCCAGGUCAGGAGGAAAAUGUAUUAGACUUUAUUAGUUCUUCAGAUUCCGAUGCUGAUGAUGACAAUAUUAACCAACUCAUAAAGAUUUACCAAGCAAGUGACUCUAAAAGCAGGUAUGACUGUAACAGUUAUUAAUCUUGUCAAAUUAAUCCACCUCUAGCUGGAAAGGAAUUUGUAGGAGCUUUUUUAAUAAAAACGUAAUUGUAUUUAUAUAGUAAGUUGGCUUGCUAGGUAAUUUAUUUUUUGUAGAUUGGUCAUACUCUCUUUGAUUAACCAUCAGAAGUACACAAAACAAGAUAUUAUGAAGUUAUUUGAUUGCACUAAAUACCAGGUCGAUACUGCUAGAAGGUGGAAAUCUUCAAGUGCUUCAUUGUUAUUACCAAUGCAUCAGGUCCACAAACGACUUAAGCUUGAUAAUAAUAAGUGUUAACACUUCCUUGAAUUCAUCUUCAAUAGUGGCUUGUUGCAAGAUGUAGCAUAUGGUGUAUCACAUAUCAAGUUUGAUAGUGGGAUUGUUCAAAAAGUUGCCAAUGCAGUUUUGACAACAAAGUAUAGCCAUGCUGUUACUUUGUAUCUAAUGCACUGC